AUGCGUUUCUCCACCGUCGCUUUCCUUCUUGCCUCGACGGCUCUUCUUGUCUCAGUAAGCAAUCUCGAUCAAAAGGAAUUCCCUUUUUAGUCUAGGCACCAAAAAAGCGUUGCUUCUAAUGUUUGUCUUAACGGCGAACUGUUUGCCGAGCAACUUUUUGACCGUUUCUGAAGAUCACUUUUUUUUUAGUCUGCGUUCAUCAUACCAAGAAACUUUCCAGGGAAGCGCCAUUCGUGAGAAACGCCAAUGUGGUUGUGCUCAGCAGCAGUCGACCUGUUCUUGCUCUCAGCCAGUGUACGCCGCCACCACCGCUGCUCCUCAGAUGUCGUGCUCAUGCCAGCAGGCUCCAGUUCAACAGACUUCGUCGUGUGGAUGCGCUCAGCAACAGACCUACCAAGUCCAGGUCCAGUCUGCUCAGUGUGCUCCAGCAUGCCAGCAGUCCUGCCAACAGAGCUGUCAGGCCGCUCCGUCUGUUCCUCAGUGCCAGCAGACUUGCCAACAGUCCUGCAUGCCUAGCUGCGCUCCAGCCACGACCCCUGCUCCUCAGAUCAUCCAGCUCCAACUCGACAUCAGCGCUGAGGCUUCCUGUCAGCCAGCCUGCCAGCAGCAAUGCCAGCAAAGCUGCCAAGCCGCCCCAUCCGUCCCUCAGUGCCAACAGAGCUGCCAGGCUGCCUGCGUCCCAAGCUGUGCUCCGACCACUACCCCAGCUCCUCAAGUGAUCCAGGUCCAGCUCGACAUCAGCGCCCAGGCGACCUGCCAGCCAGCCUGCCAACAACAGUGCCAACAGCAGUGUGUCCAGCAACAACAACCAGUGGCACAGUGCAACAGCCAGUGCAACAACCAGUGCCAGAGCAUGUGCGCUCCAGCGACGACCCCAGCUCCAUCCUGCCAGCCAGCCUGUCAGCCAGCUUGCCAGCCUCAGUGCACACAGCAGCAGCAGCCCCAGGAGAUCCAGAUCGUGCUCCAGACGAGCGUCGCUCAGUCUCCCCAAUGCGAGCCUCAGUGCCAGCAGCAGUGCCAACAGCAGUGUGUCCAGCAGCAGCAGCCAGCUUCUCAGUGUGCUCCAGCCUGCGCCAGCAGCUGCUCCAACUCCUGCUCCAGCUACCAGCCAGCUCAGGUCGCCUGCCAGCCGACCCCAUCCAGCUCCUGCGGAUGCCAGCAGAACUACUCGCCCUGUGGAAACGGACAGUGCUGCCGUCGCAAGUAAACGAUGAAGCCAUGCCGAUAAUCUUCAUUUUCUGUACAUUUCGAAUCCGAUUUAACUUUAUGAUUUCAUGACAUAAACGAUUCGCUUUUCAUUUUUCUUAAUUCGAUCAAAAAUCAGAAGGAAUUGUGAAAUUACAUUGUAAAACAAAGAAGAAGCUUCGAUAUAAAUCUAAGAAACUUUUAUUUUUCUUCUCUCUUUCCGAAAAAAAAUAUGAUACGGUUGAGUUGACAAAUUGAGUCUCUCAAGAAAAAAAGAAAAAAAUGUAUUGAAGUUUCUAACUGUAAGUGCUGAAUUUUCGUGUUGCCAUUUAACGAAAAGCUUUUUUUUCAAGCUCGUAAUAAAUUGGAAAAAAAUGGUAGUAAAGGAAUUUUGGAAACCUUAGAAUCUGAAAAAAAAAAAAUUCGACUCAAUCUCAAUGAAAAGAAAGUAAAUAAAAAAUCAUAAUAAAAAGCUACAAUGAACGAUUAGAAGAAUCGUAAAUGUGUCCAAGUCAGAAAAAAAUCGAGAAAUAAAAAAAUAUCCAGAACUUGAUCUCUACAAUUUUUCAAGUUGAAAGAAACUCUUUUUAUCACGGAAAAAAAUUUGAAUUAAAGUUUUAUUAAAUUUUUUUCUCUGAUCGAAUAAAUGAUAAUUUUUCAAUCGAUUGCUUCGUAUCUAAAAAAGGUUUGAAAAAAAUAAUUUUUUUCACAAGAGAAGUUGAAAUACCGUCAUAUCUUUUAUUUUUGCGGGAAUCACUUCGAACACGGCAGUAUCUUUACAAAAUUCGAAGUGUCAUAACUUGGUUUUUAGUCGAAAUUCUAUGAAAACUAUUUUUCUACUAGAAUCAGUGCGCUCUAACUUGGGCAAAGAAUGCAGGAAAAAGGCUGAAAAACGGCCGCAGAAAGGGUCCAUAAAGAGUCCCUUUAUCGAGCUUUUCAUUUUUUCUGGGAUUUUAAAGGCUCAAGAAAUGAUUGGUACAGGGAGAGACAGCAAAAAUGGUGCACAAGAGUCAAGCAAAUGGCGCGAAAAGGCAGCAAAAAAGGAGCCUCUGAAACGCAAAAGGAACAUUUCUAUGGAGCCUUUUUCCAUCCUUUUUGACUUUGCCUGUGAAAGUACGUAUAAUCUAAAUUGCAGCUGUUAUACUUUUAUUUUUGUUAAAAAAUAAGUUUUUUCAUCAUUCGAAGUUCUCUUUCUAUGGGCCUGGGAAAUAAAAACCACUGAAUCAAACCAAAUUCAAGUUUUAUGUGUGUAGAUAAGCAGAAUAUAGAAAUAAUCCAUGAGUUGAGUUUCGAAUUCAAUUUUGAAAAAUCUUCUGAUUAGGGAACUACGCGAACUCGUAUUCACGGAUCGAGUUUAAACUGUGGUGGUUCAAUGAUCUAGGUAAGGAUACUUAAAAACAGGCAAUAUUAUCUGCUAAACCCAAUAAGGUACCGUGAAAAAGCGUUUUUCGAGAAUGAACAGUUUAGGCUUGAAAAAUUAUCAAAUAAAAUCAUAGCCGGAUCAUUCAAGGCGAUUGUACUAAAAUAUAAAAUAAGGUGAAAAGCAUUAUUCUAAAAAUGUUCAGGCCUAUUCUGCACAUUUUUCUAAAAAUUUCUUAGUUCUAUAUCGGGUUUAAUAGAUAUUCUCUCUCGUUUUCAAGUAUUUUGACUUUGGUCUAUAAACCACUAAAGUUUGAACUCGAUCCGCGAAUAGGAGUUCGCGUAGUUCCCUGGUUAGUCCAGAGCAAGUCUUUCUCCUGUUUCAAAUUCAUCUCGGCUUCUCAGCUCAAAAUAAGAAGGCAUGAAAGCUUGUAUGAAAGCUCUAAUAAACCAAAAAAAACAUUGAUUUAUCUUUUCUCAAAAACUUUUAGAGAGCAGAAAUCUAUGAAAAAUUGAUAAUAAUAAAAUUCGAGGAGAGAACUUUUCGUUUGAAAGGAUGGAUCCAAAAAGAGAAUUUAUGAAAUUUGUUUCUUGUUUUAUUUCAAUUUUACAUAACCAACUUAUCAAGCAUGAAAAAAAUCUCGUUCUUCUAAGAAUCAGAUUUUUUUAUUUUAAGGUUUGAUUUUUUAUUCGGAAUUUUUUUCCGUUUUUCCCAGUCCUGAUAAAUAACGAAGCAACUGAUUGAAGCGCAAAGGUCGGUAGAACCAGACCCUAUCAGUGGGAGGAGCCGAUCUCAGAUAAACAUAAGAGCAAACGCUUCUUUUUUUUACGUUCGCAAGGACACCCUUGUAGACUUGUGACCGGUCCCGUCGGCAGGGUAUAAAAGCGGGACUUCUGCGGGAGUACAGUACAUUUCGGCGCCUCCUCGGCAUCCGCACCUCGAGCAGCAAAAUGCGUUUCUCCACCGUCGCUUUCCUUCUUGCUUCUACGGCUCUUCUUGUCUCGGUUCGUGGUCCUAAUUUGAAGAGAAAAACCUAGACUCUAGUGUUUGUCUUAGCGGCGAUCUGUUUGCCGAGCAACUUUUUUGAAAAUUCCUCGAGAGAACACUUUAAAUGAGUCAUCAAUCCAAUCAAGAAAAUUCCAGGGAAGCGUCAUCCGUGAGAAACGCCAAUGUGGCUGUGCUCAGCAACAGUCGACCUGUUCCUGCUCUCAGCAGGUCUACACCAUGACCACUGCUGCUCCCCAAAGAUCGUGCUUCUGCCAGUCCGCCCCAGUCCAGCAGACGCCGUCGUGCGGAUGUGCUCAGCCGCAGACCCUCCAGAUCCAGGUCCCAGUCUCUCAGUGUGCUCCAGCAUGCCAGCAGUCCUGCCAACAGAGCUGUCAGGCCGCUCCGUCUGUCCCUCAGUGCCAGCAGACCUGCCAGCAGUCCUGCAUGCCCAGCUGCGCUCCAGCCACGACUCCUGCUCCUCAGAUCAUCCAGCUCCAACUCGACAUCAGCGCUGAGGCUUCCUGCCAGCCAGCCUGCCAGCAGCAAUGCCAGCAGAGCUGCCAAGCCGCCCCAUCCGUCCCCCAGUGCCAACAGAGCUGCCAGGCUGCCUGCGUCCCAAGCUGUGCUCCGACCACUACUCCAGCUCCUCAAGUGAUCCAGGUCCAGCUCGACAUCAGCGCCCAGGCGACCUGCCAGCCAGCCUGCCAACAACAGUGCCAACAGCAGUGUGUCCAGCAACAACAACCAGUGGCACAGUGCAACAGCCAGUGCAACAACCAGUGCCAGAGCAUGUGCGCUCCAGCGACGACCCCAGCUCCAUCCUGCCAGCCAGCCUGUCAGCCAGCUUGCCAGCCUCAGUGCACACAGCAGCAGCAGCCCCAGGAGAUCCAGAUCGUGCUCCAGACGAGCGUCGCUCAGUCUCCCCAAUGCGAGCCUCAGUGCCAGCAGCAGUGCCAACAGCAGUGUGUCCAGCAGCAGCAGCCAGCUUCUCAGUGUGCCCCGGCCUGCGCCAGCAGCUGCUCCAACUCCUGCUCCAGCUACCAGCCCGCUCAGGUCGCCUGCCAGCCGACCCCAUCCAGCUCCUGCGGAUGCCAGCAGAACUACUCGCCCUGUGGAAACGGACAGUGCUGCCGUCGCAAGUAGACGACGAGGCCCAGCCGAUAACCUUGAAAUUUCUGUACAUUUCGGUCCUUGCAAUAACCCACGCCAAAAAUAAAGGGUUUUCUUGAUACAUUUCACAAUUCGCAUUGAAAAAAAGAAUGUGUUCCAAUUAUAUCUGCACUAUAGAUCCUCACAAUAAGUUCAAGAUUUGAUUCAUCGAUGUUUGAUUUUCUAACGAUCAAAAUAUUUUGAUGCGGAGGAGACACGAACCAAUUCGAUGACAUCAUCAUAAAAAUUUCACGGCGUUCAUUUUUUGUUCGCAAUAUCUUCAAAUGCGUUCUCUAGUUGUUCUAAUUCUGAUUCUGAACUUUCUUGAUUUUUCUCGCUGUUAUUUGAAAACUGUUGAUGAUGGUAAGUAUUGAAAUAAUUGUCUUAAAAAUAACUAUCAUGUUCAGAAAUCGCAAAGACUUUGAUUUCUCAAUUGGAUCCGAAUCGAAUUAAAGAAAACUUGAGAGUUUUGACCGAAGAACCUCAUAUAGCCGGCACUGAAGCUAAUCAAAGAGUUGCAGAAAAAUUAAAAAAGCUUUGGAAUGAAAAUGGACUUGAAGGUAGUUUUUUUUUUUGCCAGCCUUUAUAAGGAAAAAUAUUUUCAAGAUGUACAUACCAUUGAGUACGAGGUCCUUCUGUCUUAUCCUGAUUUCGAGAAGCCAAACACUCUUGAAAUAAAGGCUGGAAACGGGAAAACGAUUCAUAAAAGUUCGGGAAGGACUCCUGUCGUAGUGCCGGAUGAACAGAAUGAAGGUAGGUAAUUUAUAAGUUUCCAAUGAUCAAAAAAAAAAAAAAAAUUUGGAGCGGUUCAAAAUAACAUUAAGUUUUAGAAAGUUAUGGUCACAAAAUUCUAAAAAAAACACUAUUUUUUGCAGGAGCUGGAAUUCAGUGGGCCGCUUAUUCUGCCAAUGGUACUGUUACCGCAGACGUCGUUUAUUGUAAUUAUGGGUCGCGAAACGAUUUCCGUCUGUUGAGAGAAAUCGGAUUGGAUGUUAAGGUUCCUACUUCAUAGAAAAAGCUUCGAUAUGAUUUCCUCAGGGUAAAAUUGCGAUGAUUCGGUUUGGACAUGAUAAUCGGGGUCAAAAAGUCAAAAAUGCUGAAGAAUUUGAGGCUGUCGGUGUUUUGCUGUACGCAGAUCCACAGGAGGUUGCUAAAGAUGGAACGGAUGCAGGUUAAGUUUUGAAACCUCCUUAUAAGCUUGAAUAAAAAAGAAAUAAAACGCCCUUAAAUCAUAUUUUAUCUCUUUUUGUUCACUAUUUCUCUUGCAUUACAAGUAAUCUCAAAUAAACUGAAAUUUUAGCAAACGUAUACCCGAACAAGGCCUGGAUGCCUCCUACAGAAGUUCAACGAGGGGCAGUUACGCUGCAAAACGGCGAUAUUCUCACACCUCAUUAUCCAGCCAAAAUUGAGCUUUACAGACCCAUGGAUCUUGAUAAGGUUGAAUUACCGAUCGAAAUUUGGAACAUAAACACUUCAGGCUUUUAAAAAUCAUAUUCUGCCAGGAAUCCCAGUUCUCCCCAUCACUUAUUCGACAGCAAAAGCGAUUUUCAAAGUUUUGGGAGGAGACAUCGCGCCAGUGUUUUGGAAGGGUUUUUCUGACUUAUCAGUACUUUUUAUUGAAAUUUUAUAGUUUAGGCGCUCUGGAAGAAGUUGAAUAUCGAUAUGGACCCAAUAAAAAUGGUACAAAAAUUACGAUGACUGUGAAUAGCAAGCUUCAAACAAGGUGAAACAUUUUUAAAUCUUGGAAAAUUUUCUAAAAAAAAUUUUUUUUUCAACCCGUACUUUCCAGGAGUCCCCAAUUUUUUUUGAAGAUUUUUAUUUUUGGGAGAAAAAGCUCGAAUUUUUCUUUCAGAAAAAUCCAAAACGUGAUCGGUUACAUCCACGGAGCAAAGUAUCCGGAUGAAUAUGUGAUUCUGGGGAAUCACUACGAUGCUUGGGCCUACGGAUCAGUAGAUCCGAUUUCCGGGACCGCCGUUCUCACAGAAAUAGCGAGAGCCUUCACGGAAACGAUGAAUGAGACCGAUUGGAGAUCAGGUUAAAAUCGAAAAAAUUGUUCAUAGUUAGGUGGAGAGCUUGUAUUACCACAAAGAUCCCAUGUUUUGGCCCCCGUUUUUUGGAAUAUCACUCGAGAACUUAAAACCGCUUUCUAAGAUUUCUCCUCUUCAUUCAAUAACGUGUUGCCAGCCAAUCAAAAGCUUACAAGCGUCCUUUUUCGACUCUAAGCGAAUUAUUUCUUUAUUUAUAUGAAUUAUUAUACUUUCUUCGGCAUUAAAAUCAAUAAAAUCGGUGAAAUUUUGAAACGAACACUUUUUUCUCCAUAUUCCAGCGAGAACUUUGAUGUUCACUGCGUGGGACGCCGAGGAGUUUGGUCAUAUCGGCUCGGUGGAAUUCGUCGAAGAAUUUGUCAAUAUUCUUCAAGAAAGAGCCGUAGUGUACCUCAAUGUGGAUUGUGUGGCGGGUAAUAAAAACUAUGUGAGUUAAUUGAAAAAUUUAAAUAAAUUAAAUUUUUGGGAAAAAGAAUGGUUAAAAAAACGUGAUUUGUGUAUUUCAAAAUUGAAAAAGACUCACAUUCCUUCGAAAUUUUUUUCAGAAGAGAUUGAGAAGAAAUUUUCGUUUUUCCUUUUUUUAUAAAAAAAUGUUUUAACUCAAUAUUGAUGCUUAUUGUUACAGCAAACAACUCAAAAAGUUUUGUUAAGGAGGAUCCAAACAUCCCCGCCACUGUACCAAGUCACAGCCGAAGUCGCCAAAAAAGUUGCUGACCCGAAUCAAAAAAUGAUUGGGGGCAAAAAGACGACACUUUUCGAUAGCAUUAGCCUUGGAGCUUCGGAACCGGUCACUCCGGACGAGUCGGCCAUCAAAAAUGUUGAGCCCGUCAGCGAACAUUCUGCCUUUUUGCAUUUUGCAGGUAAGCUAGGCUUGAAAAUUGAAUAUUGAUUAGUUUCUGAGUGCUUACAGUUUCCAAAAUCUUUUAGUUAUCUUAAACAUAGUUUUACUUGAUAUUUUAAAGUGAAAUAAAUAGUCUUACCUGAUUUUUUUUUUCUUGUUUUUGAAAGCGAUCGUGUUCUUUUCUUUUACAGUAACGAGCGAACUUUUUUUUUGCCUUCCCUUUUUUGAUUUAUCAAUUUGCUUUCCCAGGAAUCCCCGUUGUCGACAUCAGGCCGAUAGAUCAUCCUGAACCUGGUGCAGAAUUUUACCCACUUCAUCAUACAAUGUACGAAACGGUGUUUCUGAAUGAAAAAUUUAAUGGAUAAAAAAAUGGUUUUGUUGUCAGUUUUGAUCGCAAAAAAAUAUUUUUAAAAAAAUAGAAUUUUUCAGAUGCACAAAGCGACUGGACAGUACUGGGCACUUUUGGCAAGGUUUCUUAAAAUUGAAAUUUCUCAAAUUGAACUUUAAUUUUCUAGUAAAAUACCAGUGUUUUCGCCAUUAAAACGUAAUUUCUUUCUAAAAAUUUCUCAUAUUUUGUUUUCUAAAAGAUUUUCGUUACAUUGUUAUCAGAAAAAAUCAUCCUUAUUUCAAAUUGAUUUUCUCAGAACCUUCGCUGAUGAGCCAAUUUUGCCAUAUUCCGUGACGGCUCUCGCAUAUUCAUUAUUAAAAGUCCACUUCCCAAAGAUGAGAAAAGGCCUAGAAGAAUUGGACGUUCAUCCAAGGCUCUUACCGGUUGAUGGGCAAAUCACCAAGUUCGGAUCAACUGUUGAGGUUCUGCGAAAAUGAGGUUUAUCAUUUUCAAUGUUUUUUCAGAGAUUCCUUAAUGUUUCCGAAACAUUUGAGAAAAACUUCAAAAAAGACGUCGAUUCGAAAAUGUCGGGAAGAUUGAACAGCCGCUUAAAGAGGUUGGUAAAAAGACCAGUAUCCUAUCGCUCAAGCUUUUCUUUACUCAAAGAGAGCUCCUAUAUGUGAUAAUUAAAACUAGUUCAUUUCACUAGUAAAAAUAAAGUCAGGAAAAAAUGAUGAAAAAAAAAUAUUCGAUGAGAAACGAGCAAUUUUGAUUGAUAUACUACAAUUCCAGCGUUGAAAGAUGUUUUAUCAAGCCGGAAGGAUUUUCCGAAAUUCAAACUUCGCGUCACGUUCUUUACAGACGUAGUAGGGCCGACGAAUAUUCUGGUCGACAAUUGGGCGGCGUUUUCGAUGCUGUCAGUAACUUUUUAAAAUCAAUUUUCCAAAUUAAAACGACAUAAUCAAUGUAAUUUUCAUGAAGAUGAAGCAAUACAAGGAGUCGUCAACGGAUGAAAAUGCGGGAAAAAUUGCCGAAGAAGUCUCGGCUGUGCAAUAUUGCGUCAUGUGUGCCAUGACCCAUCUUCAGGACUUUAUUUGA